AUGGAAAACGUUGAAAAACUUGUAAAUUUAGUACAAGCAAGACCGGUGUUGUUCGACGUAAGAUCAGUACAUUACAAAAACGUUUUCUUACGCAAGAAAUCGUGGGAAGAGAUUGCCAAAAUCAUGGGAUGUACUACCGAGAAAUGCAUGCAAAAGUGGAAAACGCUGCGAUACAAAUAUUUUGCAGAAAAAAAGAAAACAAAACUGCCUAGUGGAAGCGGUAAACCUUCCACAAAGAAGUGGCCUUUUUUUAAAUAUCUACAAUUUUUAGAUAAUUAUGUUGGAGACAGUAUUACGGAAACAAGUAUGCACUUUGAUGCAACGAACGCGGAUGAUAAUGAAGGUCCUUCGACUAUGGACUACCUAUCACAAGAAGGAAGCACUUCAAAUUUAGUAAUGGAAUCACCAAGUUGUUAUGAAGACGGUCGAGGAGAAACUCCUAUUCAUUUUUAUAUUCAGAAUGAGUGCGAGAAUGCUGAAAAUCCAUUUCCUAGUGGUCCUAUCCGAAAUAAUUUCGAUGAAAUUGUGGUGGAAGCUCCAACACCUCUUCCACCGUUGCCAACUCAGAGUACAAAACCUUCUGCACGAAAAAAAUCAAAAGAUACCAUAGAAGAGCUGUUGAGAGCGGAAUUAUCUAGACCGCCGCCCACAACAUCGGCUGCACCUGAAAUGAGCAGCACUGAACUGUUUUUCGCGAGUAUGGCGAAAAAAGUUAUGCAACUACCGGAGCAAGCUCAGGAUAAUUUUAUGUUUGAGAUGCAUAAAAUAUUUUAUAAAAGUAAAUAUGGGAUAUUUCCCGAUUAA